AUGGUUCCAAAGGGUGCUGUCGAUCCGGCACAGAAAGGAAUCCAAGAGAGGGGAGGGCUACCAGAAGAACUAAACCGGGUGGAGAAUGAAGGAUCUUCAGGAAAGAGGAAAUGCGCAGAGGUAGGAGCAGAGCAGAAGGGAUAUCAGAAAAGGGCCCGAUACGGAAAGACACAGAAGGAGAGCCGGCAUAACUGCGACGUCUCUAAGAAGCUGUCUGGAGUAAGAGAGUUGGAAAAGUUGGACGAAGAUCUCCGAGGGGGAAUGAAGGUUCAUCUGCAUGGAUUCAUGAAGUAUUCCUUUAUAGAAGCAGCGAAGAAGUAUCAAGAAACAUAUUAUCCAGAUGCGGAGGGAUCCUACGCCUUCCCAGCGGGCUACGUACUCAACACAGAGGUAAAAUCCUUGCCGUAUCUGUCUGGCAGGAAAGACACGCAGGAAAAAGUCAUUCGACCGGCCGAUGCAGUUGCGAAAGUUUUCAACUGGAUGCGGACAAUUUUGGCCGACUUCCCAAGUCUUGUCCUGUGCGACUACGACUUCACUAGAACUUUCGGGAAAUCCCUGGAUGAAUUUCAUCCACAGGUUGUCGAGCAGGGCGAUCACGACGUAUGCAGCAUCGCCUUGAUUGGUAGUUUGGUUCUCGCUCUUUUCUUCGAGAUCAAAAGCAGGAAGCAAACUAGUGGCAAGCCAGAAUUCACAGGACACGUUGGCGAGGCGGAAGGGCAAUUGGAAAAGAGCGAACGAAUUUUCCGAAAGUUCGUUGGGGCGACGGCUGUUCCUCACACUUACGUCUGUAGCUUCGUCGCUAUGCCAUAUCUCUGGAGGAGAGACGUCGCAAAGUCCUUGGAAUGCUGCCACGAGAACAUUCUCACAAUGGACGAUCUGGAAUCGCGUGAUGCAUUUAGAGAAUUCCUUGAGAAACACGGGAUUCCUCUGACAAGUCAGAAUGGACCAGACCAGUCAGCCAAGGAAUGCUAUUUAGACGUCAUGAGAACAUAUUUGGCGGCCUCAGCAUCUGUGAAUGGGAUGCCAAGAACGGUGAGAGAUCUUCGUAAGAACAUCGAUGAAAGGAUGCAGACAGUCUUGGAACUUCUCACUCCCCAUCAGAAAAAGAUCUUAUUGGAGGAUCGAUCAAUUCUCUUCCUAGCCGGGGGUCAAGGUACUGGUAAAACGUAUCUGCUCCGUAGGAGAGCCCAGCAACUAGCAGAAAGGGGUGAAACGGUCAUCGUCGUCAACAUGUCAGAUGGAGAGCUAACUCGUUGCAUCAGAGAAUGGCCUGAGUCACGAGAAUUCAGAGAGAAAAUCACAAUCAUGGACUCUUCUGAAUUCCUAGGCAGCAGUCAAGUAGGAAUAGAUUCUAUUCUUGAGAGGAUCAAUGCUAAGAAGCUAAGCCAUGUCCUCAUUGAUGAAAUGCAGAUCAACCUUGGGUUGGAUAAAAUGGAACCAGAUCUGAUCGGUGGACGAUGGAAGAACUUCAGCAACAAAGUAGAAUGCCAAAGUGUCUGGAUCGUCUGGCGUCCCAGUGACGUCAGUUACCCCGAAACUCUCGACAUCCAUAGAGUCAUCCAAUCCCUGGGGCAAGAAAAGGUGGAACUGCUCACGGAGAUCAAACGGAACACCAAGGAAUUGGGAGAGUUCGUGACAGAAGUCAGUCGGUUCAUUCAGAAGAGUUUCCGGUGCAUGUAUUAUCUACCCAUGCGAGGCUUGGAAUAUGGUCUCGAUCAGUUGGAAGAGAAGCGGAACGCAAUGGUUGUCUUCAUCAAUGCUCCUCCAAUACACAACUGGGCUUACCGAUGGGCAUCAGAGGCCGCCAUAGCGAUUCGAUCAUGGAUGCCUGAUUCCCUACCUUUAACCAUCAUUACUAGGGCAGCGUUUGAGAGGAAUGUGUUAGUACGAGAACUUGGAGAUCGUUUGGGACAAGAGGUCGUCUUUAUCGAUUCAGAAGGGAGACUCAGAGGGCAUUCCGAACCCGGAUUCCUCGUAUUCUAUGAAGAACAGGUCGUCUUUAUCGAUUCAGAAGGGAGACUCAGAGGGCAUUCCGAACCCGGAUUCCUCGUAUUCUAUGAAGAACAGGUGACUGGGAUGUCAUUCAAGGAUCUCAUCCUGUUCGAUGAUAAUCAAUGUUACUAUACCUCUUGGUCUCUUGUGGUAGCUAUGGCCCAACGAUCUCUCCAUGUCAUCACCACUAAUCCACUGCCUUCCAGUCACUGGGAAGAAAUUGCACAGCUUGGACUUAUUACUUCCUGCUCGCUCAGAACACCCGGUCUUACAUCUUUGGAUGUUUCUGAGGAUCCUCCCGACAAUUCUCUUCAUGCGCAAAUUUCAUGGAACACUUUCUUAGAACAGGACUCUUUCCCUUCACCAGAUCACGAAAUGGAGGACAAAAAAUUUGAGCUUCUCUUCGGUCCGCGUCUUUCUGGGAAGACUACAUUUCUUGUGAACAGAUUGAAAAGGAAGUACGUACAUGAAAACGAGAAAAUUCGGAAGGUCAAGGAUAUGGCAUUCAAAGCUCGGAUUAUGUUCGUCGACUGCAGCAUAUGGAACAGGAAUGAAAAUUUGAAAAGCCUCUCUCUGGUGGCGAUGAAAGAGAGGAUUAAACGGACAGGGCUAGAAAACGUUGUUGAGGUCUUGGAUAUUCACGACCUGUUAGAGAAAUAUGAACUCUGGCGUCAUUCAUCUCUUUCUCCUCGAGUUAUUGAGAAACUUCUGGUGAAGAUGUUGGAGAAUGAGGAGGAGGAAGGUCGAAGACUCCAUAUCGCCUUCGACAAUGCUCCUGUUUAUCCGAUUGGAGAGCCUGGAGACACAGAAGGUUUGAGGGAAGAGUGGGAAUCCAUUUUUGGGUCUCUCUCCUCACGAUUUCCCAACUCCCUCGCUUCUCUCACCAUCGCCUUCCAGCCGUAUAUCCGAUAUGCAACAACCACCUUUGACGUGAAGGAAUUUUUUAUGGGUUUCCAAUCACCCCCAGGGACAGAGGCACGGGUCGUGGUCCAAAAGGGUUGCCGUGAUGUGGGCUUCCCCCGCUUGCUUCAUCACGUUCUCUCCCAUGAAUCCCCCAAGGAGCUGAGGGUGAAGCCAGGGACCCUGAACACGAGACCCCAGCCCUCCUCUCUCGUGUUCGGGGAGAAACCAAUACUCAUCACUAGUCCUUCUGACGGACAUUACCAUGGAAAAUGGAAAUGCAUCGGUGGCCGUGGUCGAGGAUGCGUCGCUGUCACCGCUGCUGCUUACUUUCAUUCCCAAGAACUUGGGGACGUCGUGGUGCUAAUUUCGGAUGGAGAGAUCCAAGUGACCUUCACCGAAGCUCUCAAAUUGAUGAAAAUAGCGAGUGGUGUAAAUCAGGGUGAAGUGCCACGUAUCUACCAUCCGAGGGAAUAUCGAGGGUGCGAGAGUUCACAGGUGAUGUGCGUGGGGAUUGAGGAUUCCUGGGUGGUGGAGGGGAUCUCCAGAGCCAUUCGGACCCUCUUCAUCGUCGACGGGGGAACAUCCUCCGUAGCACAAAGCCGGAUGCGACUCUGGAUGGAGAUGGACCGGAGAGGACUCCUCCAUCGUACUCAAUCAUCCUUCCAUGCACUUGACCCUUCGAGAUCUAAGAAGGAGGAAGAUGCGAGGAGAGUAGUUUGUCCGUCAGCAGGUUUGCAGAGGAUUUUCGCCAUGGCAAGAGGUCAAGACCUGAGAGCUGGGAUGUGGGAAGUUCAUCCCUCCCAGACUCUGUGGGUCAACAGUCCCGGUGGUGUUGGGGACGUAUACCUCCGAAACUCCCUCUUCCUCUUGGGGAGUGAGACAAAUCCUAGAGAAGGACUACAACUGGACCUAGCUAGUGAGAAAUGGGCGACCCUCUCUCCAAUGAAAGAUAGGAGAAGUAAUGCAGCUUCAGUGAUAUUGGAUCCUCACACCAUCCUUGUCUUGGGUGGUCAGGAUUUCGAAGCAGAGAAACAAGUCUCCAGCUGCGAGUACUUGGACGUGAGAACGGGACAGUGGUCCUCGUUUCAAGACAUUCCUCUUCCUCUCUCAGGUCUUGCAGCUACCGUCUAUCAUGAUCACCUUUACAUAUCGGGCGGAUGGGAUGGGCUGGAGUCUAGGAGGGAGGUGUGGAGGUGCAGGAUGAAAGGAGGGCAAUGGGAGGAACUCCCCUGUUUAAAAAACCCAAGAGGUCAUCACGGGAUGAUGGGAAACGGCAAAGGGGGACUCUCUGUUAUUGGUGGAUUAUUUCAAAGAGGUUCACAAUAUGAAGAAGUUCUUGAGACGGAGACGUAUACCCUUGAUGUAAGAGGAGGAUGGGUGAAUCAGGGGACAAUUCCCUUCGACAAAGUAUGGAAGGCGACGGAUAUGAACGUUCCAAUAUCUGGCUUCGACCGCGGGAGCAGUUCCGAAGAGUUUCUUUUCCUUGUAUCCGAAGAUGUAAAGAUCUUCCAGUUCGUGGUGAUUCUCCUGUUCGAAAGGAACAGGUCCUUCCCGAACCCCCAAAAUAAGAUGAUACACUGA